AACUGGGGGAAGAAUCCGUGCAAAGAUGCCCUCCAGGAAGAAAACAUCCAUGUUUGCCUCUGCUUUUUGUGCCUGUGUCAGCUCCUUCGUGGUGAUCUGUGUGGUGCUGGCCACCCCGCAGUGGGUGAGCAGCGAGGUUCGCUUCUCGCGCACCGGCUCCAACGUCACCGUCAGCCUCCAGUACGGCCUCUUCAGGGGCACCUGCGAGCAGUUCGUGGAUGCAGGACUCCAGGUGUCCAAAAUGACCUUCCAAGUCGCGGACGCCCUGAGCAGCAGCAGCAGGAGGAGCCUGAACAUCGCCACCAUCGCGGUGCUGGUGCUGGCCCUGCUCAGCUCCCUGCUCAGCGCCGGCUUCACCUGCACCAACAGCGUCAGCAACCCCUACCAGACAUUCCUGGGGCCUGUGGGAGUCUACACCUGGAAUUCCAUGUGUGGAGCCCUCGUCCUCAUAGCCAUGAUCCUUUUCCCUGUGAACGUGCAAGGGAACAGCCUGUCUGAAGAGCUGGCCCAGGGAUGCUCCACCUCCCUGCAGGGACACAUUGGAUCCAGACACAGCUAUGGAUAUUCCUACUGGAUCAUGCUGCUCGUCCUUCUCCUCAACAUCGCUUCUCUCGUCAUCAUCUAUCUCUACGACCACUCCAGAUAUUCCAAGAAGAAACAGCAGGCAAGGCCCAUUGAAGACGCCCCAAAGGAUGUUAUUCUGUUUUAAGGACGCCUUGGGAAAGGGGGUGUGGAGGAAAAUGGCUGGAAUUGGACAGCAAAUUUCCAUUUGCUCUGGAGUGUGUGCACACUUCCAUCCCCAGAUGGUUUGGAGGACACCACGGCCUGUUUUGGUUUUAGCUGCUGUUGUUUUAGUUGUGUGGGAUUUGGGAUCCCUUGGAAUGAGAGGAAUGGUCACUGAGCUGCUGCUGCUCCCUGUUCUCCUUGCUGUGCUUAGGGAUCUCCUGCAGGUCUGGAGGCUCCUGGCCAUGGGAGAACUUGUGGCCAAAUCCAGAGGGCACGGGGCGGAGUGCCGUGCCUGGAGGGAUGUCACAGCCUGUGGCACUGGGGGACACUUGGACUCGCUGGCUUCUCCAACCCAAAUGAUUCAACAGCUCCAGGACAGCAGAGAAGCCCAGCAUCUACAGGUUAUUAAUUAAUUAUUAAUUAUUAAUGCACAGAAACAUCAGGAAAAUCCUGUUUGAGCUUUGAGCCGAGGGCAGAGCCACACCUCGGGCAGGUGUGCCCAGCCCCUCUCCACAGAGCUGUCCCUGGCACAAGGUGUCCCCAGCUGGAUGAUCAGGGGUGGUUUGGGGCCAGAACCACCCCUUUGCCCAGUUUAAGGAGUAUUUUGUGUGCUCACAAGGACACACUGCUGCAGAACUGCCCAGGAGUGGGGCAGCUCCCUCCUCAUCCCUCCCAGAAAAGUGAGCAGCGGGACCUUGGGGCAGAUCCAAAGUGCAAAAUCCUGCUCAGAGCACGUGGUCAGCACUUCUGCUCCUUUGCCUCUCACCUCUGCAGCCAGGAGAGACUUUUUUAUUCCUUUAAAAAGAAAGAAAAAAGCCUCCCUUUCCUUCCCAGUGUGAUUUUCAGUCAUGCUCCACGUCUGCCCUGCGACACAAGAGGUGCUGGUGGAGACAAAAAAGCGUUUUGGAGAGGGGAUGAAGAGAUACAAGAGGUGAAUCCUCACUAUUUAUGUCAGAAAAAUCAAGUUUGGAGAUGAAAGCAGCCAGCACUUUGUGCAGCUGUGCUCUUUCAAAGGAACCAAAGCAGAGGGAUUUUCCUCCCAGCUUCAAAGGGUGGUGAUGGCAGAGUGGGGAAUAAAAUAAAAAUAAAAGAGGGUUUCUAAGA